ACAAGAAUAAAAACAUAUUUUUGAGUUGAGGGGGACUUUAAUUUGCUUUCCACUGCAGCUACAGUACAGUUACAUGUAUUUAUAGAUGCUGCCUUUUUCUAUCUUUAUCUAUAUUGAACAGUAACGUAAACUUGUUGUGGCAGCAGACACACGAAUGAGAUUUAUGACGCAUCUGUCAUAUUAUAGGCGGAGUUCACACGCACAUUUUUAGCUAUUAUUGCCUGGCAUGAGGAAGUUGUUGUCAGUCCUCUCUGAGCGCAUGAGACAGAUAAACCUCAACAGGACCAAUCCUGCACCGACCACUUCUCUACAAGACAUUCCGGGAAUUCCUCCUUCUCUCUACCUGUCCGACAGGUGUAGUCGGUUGGCGCUCGGUUGACGCGCACAGAGGCUGAAAAGGGGGGGAAAGGCGGCUCUUAAAGAGGGGACCGUUCAUGGUCAUCUAUGGGUGAGUGUCUGAGGAGAGCAUGCCCAUGUCUGGAAGUACUAUGGCAGCGGAUUUUCAGCGACAAAAAGGCUUCUCCUGAAGAUGGAGACCGGAGAGAUAGCAGCGGUGACGGCGGCGGCGGCAGUGAGCGGAGGUCACCGACCCCGGCGCGGCACCCGCCGCCGCCGACGCCGCUGCAUGGCAGAGCGAACGACAGCGGUGCCAUCUACACGGCGCUGUGGUCGUUUGAAUCCCGGCAUCCAGAGGAGCUGUCGUUCCAGGAGGGGGAACUGUUCAGUGUUAUCACCCGCGAUGGAGGAUGGUGGAGCGCGCGGAAGAUCGACAAGAACGGGCGCGUGCUCGGUAACGGGAUCGUGCCCAGUAACUACCUGGUGAGGGCUGAGUCCCUGGAGAUGGAACCAUGGUAUUUUGGGACAAUGAACCGCUUCGAGGCACAAAGUCACCUGUUGGGACCAGAAAACGAUCAGGGAGCUUUCCUCAUCCGCUGCAGCGAGAAAGACAACGUUGGAUACGUCCUUUCGGUGAAGUCAGACAGUCGGGUGAAGCAUUUUAAGAUCCUCCAAGCAAACAAGGGUCAUUUCUACGUGGAGCAAAACAAUGAGUUCAGCUCUCUGAUCGAUCUGGUGGAGCAUUACUGUACGAACAGCCUCAACAACACAGGCAGACUGGGAAGCCCCUGCAAGAGGAGAAAGCCCAAAACAGAUCCAAAUUUUACGGAGGAUGACUGGGAACUCCCAAAAGAGGAGUUCACCCUGCUGGAGGAGCUGGGCAGCGGUUACUUCUCUGAUGUCUAUCGGGGACUCUGGAAAAAAAAUAUUAAUGUCGCCAUCAAGAUCAUCAAACGUGAUUCAGAGAUGAACCACCAUGAAUUUCAUAGGGAAGUUCAGAUCUUGAAGAGUCUCCGCCAUCGUCACCUCAUCUCUCUGUUUGCCGUCUGCACAGCUACAACGCCGUACUACAUCAUCACCGAGCUGAUGGAGAAAGGCAGCUUGCUCAACUUCCUAAGAGGUCCAGAGGGGCAACUUCAAGACGUGGUGUCACUCAUUGACAUGGGUGCCCAGGUGGCUGAUGGGAUGUCAUACCUUGAGGAGAAGAACAGCAUCCACAGAGAUUUAGCAGCUCGAAACGUCCUGGUGGGAGAACACUACAUCUGUAAGGUGGCUGACUUCGGACUGGCCAGAGUGAUCAAGGAGCCGUUUUACAUCACAGAAGAUAAAAAGAUUCCCUACAAGUGGAGUGCUCCUGAGGCCAUCAGCCAUGGAAAGUUCUCCAACAAGUCAGACGUCUGGUCUUUUGGUGUCUUGCUCUAUGAGAUUAUCACCUACGGAGGCGUUCCUUACCCAGCCUUUAGCAACCAGGAAGUGUACCAGCAGGUUACCAGGGGAUACAGGAUUCCAGCUCCGUCCAAAUGCCCCAACUUCCUCUACCAAAUUAUGUUGAAAUGUUGGAGCACCGAGCCAGCGGACAGGCCAGACUUCAAGACCCUCAAGGUUCAACUGGACAGCAGCUCCUACGAGUUGGAGUGAGCGCCCCCUGACUUCCUGCAGUACAGACUCUUGGCCACCAAGGGGCAGCAGAGAGUCCGACACUGAGCAGGGAUUGUGAAUUUAAACAGAGGACUCUCUUUUUUUAAAAACAAUAGAGACAAAACACAACUGCUUUUACAGGCGUUUGUGUAAAAUGACUUUGACUGUGUGUUUGGAGUUUGCUAACCUGAAACCCUGAUGUAUUUUAUUCAGCCCACUAGAUUAUUCUCAUUAUCAAUUUAUCAGAUUAUUAUUUUUCUUUCAACUAAAA